CCGGGCACUUGGCACACCCUAUAACUGAGCUCAAGGUACGUACAGUGGUGUUGGAGGAAAUUCAUGGACGCGCUUCCCAAGCGCCCGGCUAACUACGUGCCACUUAGCCCGGUCGGGUUCCUGCCGCGCGCCAGCGCAGUGUACGGCGACCGCACGUCCGUCGUCUACGGGCGUCUCCGCUUCACGUGGACGCGGACGUACGAGCGUUGCCGCCGCCUUGCCGCCUCCCUCCUCUCCCUCGGCGUCCGCAAGAACGACGUGGUCUCCGUCAUCGCCCCCAACGUGCCGGCGUUGUAUGAGAUGCACUUCGCCGUGCCCAUGGCUGCUGCCGUGCUCAACACCAUCAACACGCGCCUGGACGCCAGGUCGGUGGCGGCCAUUCUGAAGCACUCCCAGGCCGGGGUCUUGUUCGUCGACUACGAGUAUGUGCGCCUUGCUAGGGACGCGCUUCUGAUCGUUGCCGAUGCCGGCGUGCCUACCCCGCUGCUCGCUGUCAUCGACGAUAUCGACAUGCCCACUGGCGUCCGGCUCGGCGAGCUACAGUACGAGGAGCUCGUCAGCAACGGCGACCCGGCGGCGGAGCUGCCCUCUCUCGUGGACGAGUGGGAUGCGGUCGCGCUCAACUACACCUCGGGCACCACGUCGGCGCCCAAGGGCGUGGUGUACAGCCACCGUGGUGCGUACCUCAACACCCUGGGCCAGCUGCUGUCGUGGGGGGUGGGGGCCGAGCCGGUGUUCCUCUGGACGCUCCCCAUGUUCCACUGCAACGGGUGGACACUCACGUGGGGAAUGGCGGCGCGCGGCGGCGUCAACGUUUGCAUUCGCCAGAACCGCGCCGCCGACGUCUACCGUGCCAUCUCCGACUACGGCAUCACCCACAUGUGCUGCGCGCCCGUGGUAUUCAAUAUCCUCAUGGACGGUGAGGCCAGGCAGCUCGCGGCUCCCGUCCACGUCCUCACCGGCGGGGCCCCACCGACGGCCGCCCUGCUGGACCGCGUCGAGCGGAUCGGUUUCAGGGUGACGCACUCCUAUGGACUCACGGAGGCCACAGGUCCCGCUCUGGCCUGCGAAUGGCGCCACCAGUGGGACCUCAUGCCGCUGCCGGAGCGCUCGCGCCUCAAGGCCAGGCAAGGGGCCAGCGUCCUGUCUCUCGCCGAUGCCAACGUCCUGGACAGCAACACCAUGGCCAGCGUGCCGCGCGACGGCAAGUCCUUGGGUGAGAUCGUGCUCCGCGGUAGCAGCAUCAUGAAGGGUUACCUCGACAACCCGGCGGCGAAUGAGGAGGCCUUCAAGGGCGGGUGGUUCAUGACGGGUGACGUCGGUGUCGUGCACUCGGACGGGUACAUCGAGAUAAAGGACAGGUCAAAGGACGUGAUCAUCAGCGGCGGUGAGAACAUAUGCAGCAAGGAGGUGGAGGAGGUGUUGCUCCAGCACCACGCUGUGGCCGACGCGGCGGUGGUUGCGAUGCCUCAUCCGCACUGGGGCGAGACGCCGUGCGCCUUCCUUGUUGCCGGAAACAAGGCUGCAGUGCUCUGCAAGGAUGAAGUGGUCGCCUUCUGCCGCAAGCGCAUGUCGCGCUUCAUGGUUCCCAGGGAGGUGGUCCUCGUCGACGCCCUCCCGACGAACGCGCUGGGAAAGGUUGAGAAGGUGAAGCUACGGGAUGCUGCCCGGAAUCUUGUGCCCUCAAAGCUAUAACGCGAUCACGUCGCACCCAUCAUGGUGAUAACGCCAAAUUCUCUUUUUAUCCGCGCCAUGUUUGUUUGCACCGCGAUGUUCUUUUGUCUCCUUAUCUAAUUAUAACAACCUUAAGUUGCUUACCACACAGACCAUGUGGUUGCACUUGGGGAUGUUUGGUUUGGUUUGUGACAUUAUAAUACAGUCUUGUUAAA